CCACUCGAGUGCGGCCCUCGAGUCCUCUCGUCGACGUCGAGUAGUCCAGUUUCGAGUGACACUAGUUUCGGGUGGUGCUCCACACACGAGAGCCUCAGAGUUUAUUUAUUUUGUGCUAUUAUUAUUAUUGUUUUUACUUUUUUUCUCGGCCGCGCCACCACACACGCGGAUCACGUUAAAAAAAAUUCGGAAAAAUCCCGUUCACCGCAAUGACGUGAUAGUGCAGUAGCCGAUUCCGCAUUCCGCCGGCGUCGAAAAAUAAAAAACGGCGAGUAAAAUUCGGCGCGAUCGCGGCCGCACCGUUUUUCCGGGUAUAAAUUUUUCGGACAAACCGCGAAAGUGGCUCUCUCGGUGACGGCCGCUUCGUCGGCGGCAUCAGCCGUGUUCUCCGAGAGCUCGGGCGACCUGCUGCCGGAGCUCAACAGCGCUGACCUAGCGAUGUCGCUGAGCCCCAAACCGCACCACCACCACCAUCACAACCAUCACGCCGCGCACACGACACCGUUCUCCGUUACCGACAUACUCAGCCCAAUCGAGGAGUACCGUAAGCUCGAGCUGUGCGGCUCGCCUUCUCCGUACCACAGGUCCAGCACGGCCGGUAGCACCGGUGGCAGUGCCUCCGGAAGCCCAGGAGCCAUGUCCGGCGGUGGAGGUAACAACAACAACAACAACAAUAAUAACGUCCCUGGAGCGGUCCCGGCCGCGGCCAGCUGGCACGUGCACCCGCAAUUCCCGGCGCCGCCGCCGCCGCCACCUCAAUAUUGUCAGCCGGACAUGGUCACGUCGUACGGGAAUUCGGCCACGUGGUACGGGGCACCAGCCAACGACCCACGGUUUGCAAUAUCCAGAUUGAUGGGCUCGUCAAACACCCCGAUGAAUGGUAUGACAAACAUGGAAUGCGAUAUCAAACCACCUCUACAGUUUCCACUUACCCAGAGACGAAAGCGGAGAGUGCUGUUCACUCAGGCUCAAGUUUAUGAAUUAGAACGGAGGUUCAAACAACAAAAAUAUUUAUCAGCGCCGGAACGAGAACAUUUGGCUAGUCUAAUUCAUUUAACUCCCACACAGGUAAAAAUAUGGUUCCAGAACCAUAGAUACAAGUGUAAACGUCAGGCGAAAGAAAAAGCUAUGGCCGAACAGAAUGCCCAAAACCAGGCCCAGAGUUCGCCACGACGAGUGGCCGUGCCCGUUUUAGUGAAAGACGGCAAACCGUGUUCAGGCACGUCAGACGUGUCCGGCCAACAGUCUGCGCCCGGCGGUAACAAUUGCAACGGCCACAGCCCCGCUAUGCACCACGGUGGCCACGUACCAGUCCCCGUUCACCCCCAUCACCAUGGGCACCAUCACCAUCACGGGUCGCCCAACGUCGGGCACCACCAGCAACAGCACCAACCACCGCAACACCAGUUGCUGACCAACACCGCGAUGCCAUACCCAAGACAAAACGUUGGUCAGCACCACCAUCAACAGCAAAACAUGUCCUAUUUAUCAAUUCAAGGACGUGCGUGGUGAGCUGCAGCCCGUUAUCAUUACCUAUAUUAUUAAUAGGCGAGCAUUACUUAGUGUAGACUUUCAAAAAAAAAAUUUCAUAUUGUUUUGUUUCAAUAAAAAUGUUUUAUGUGAAUAUAUAUUAUACACACACGCACACAUAGAAAAACUAUGAUUAUAUUUAAGUAUAUAGACAAUUCCAAGCAUAACAUGUUUUAACAAACGCAAUUAUAUAGUGAGAUAUUAGGAAAAAAUUCAUAUAUUAUACGCGUAGGUAGGUAUACCUACCUCUUUUUAAGCCCGUUACGUAUAAUCAUGUGUAUAGUGCACACGUUUUUUAUUUAAUUUUAUCUUGGACUCUCUAAGUCAAUUAAAUUUUGUUUGUGCUAUGUGUCUAUUAGUAAUUUAUUUUUUAUUUCUCGUAAAUCUGAACGUCCUACCUCCAAUAAGUCACGUUAUAAUACUUAUCGAUGCAUAAAGUAUUAUGAAACUUUCGUAAAUUAUUGUAAAUCGCAAUAAAUCAACUCUUUUGGUAUAGAUGACAUAUAGGCCAUACAUAGGUUCUUCAAUUUUCUGUACUACUCAGCAGGAUAUAAUAUAGCCUCAUUCAGAUAAGGCUAUAUUAUUUAAUGGAAAAAAGUUUAGGUAUCAAUUUGUGAAACAUAUUCAUCCCCUUAUGGCCUUAUAUGUUUAUGAGAAUAUAUAUGUAUUAAUUUGAUUGGCCCGUGAUAGUUUCACUUUGAUUUUUUAUAGGUACUACAUAAGAUAAUUUAUCUAGGUAUUUAUUUAUUAAUAAGUUAUAAGUAUAUGUAAUAUAUGUAUGUAACCUAUACUUGUGUAUAAACCUCAAUUUUUAAAGCACUAUAAAUACCAUUUUUAGUUGUAUACUUCAAUACUUGUAUAUUAUUAUAUAUAGUUAAGAUAUUUGUAAGUAGGUUCUAAUAUUAGGUGUAUAAAGAAAAUAGACUGUUGGAUAAACCUAAUAAUACCUAACCUACCUACCUGAAGUGUUAUUAAACAAUUCUUGUGUAAGUUUACAAUCACUGAGAUGGUUGAAUUGAAAUGUGUGUAGAACAUUUUUUCAACUAUAUAUAUUAUUCUAUAGUCUCAAUAUAUGUAUAAUGUAUAUGUAUAAAUAUACCUAUUAUAGGUAUCUAUACUCAGUAAAAGUAUAAUAUUAAAAUAUUUCCAAUGUAUUAACUGUUGUGUAAUAAUUAUUAAUUAUCAAACGAAAUACAAAUCAUGUUAAAAGCUAAGGAAUUCAUGUCAAUGAUGACCUAUUAUAUAAUAUAUACCUAUAUAUGUAUAGUAUAUACCUAUAAUGCAAUAUGUAUACUUAUUUCAGAGUAGGUUAUAAUAUAGGUUUAUAAAUUUACAGUUAUAUAAGCUUAUACUAUUAUAUUAUGGCCGUUGAUCGAUUUAAAUUAUCAUCAUAAAAAUUCAAAGGAAUAUGUCGUUUCUUUUUAUUUUAUUUUUAUUUAGUAGGUAUAUAUAUAAUAGGUAAUCAUCUAAAAUUAAACUAUCAAAAUAAUAUAGGUACCUACAUAUAUAUUAUAUACAUAGUAUAUUGGUAUAUCAUAGAAGUGUGUCGAAAUGUAUGCUACAGUUUAUUUAUGUUUACCUCUCCCACUUAAUAUGAUAUUGUAUAUAUUAUAUUAAUUUGACGUUAUAAGUAUAAAAUAUUAUAAAGGCUCGCAUUAACUUGCAACGAGUAUUUCUUAUAUUGAGUACCUAUACAUAUUGUUUUAAAUUUUAAUAGGCCCGAAUAUAUACAUAGAUAUAAGCUGUUUAUAUUAUGCGGAAAUAUCUUUUGCACAACCCCAUUAAAUACAAUAUAUUAUAAUAUACAAUGCGCUGUAAUUAUACUUUGUAAAAAUUACUUAACUUCUGUAUAAUUAUUACUAUUAUUUUUUUUUUUUUGUAAAAUGUGAUGUAUCAUAUAUCUACGUGAUUGUAUACGAAAUAAAUAUAAAAUAUGAAAAUAGUAAA